AUGGCAGGAGGAUCAAUUGGGACAAAAGGGGUUGCAAAAGAAAGAGCAAAGGAAUAUCAAGGAAAAGUCACUUCAUAUGUUAUCAUUGCUUGCAUUGUUGCUGCUGUUGGUGGCUCCUUGUUUGGUUAUGACAUUGGUAUUUCAGGAGGUGUAACAUCCAUGGAUGGGUUUUUACAGCAUUUCUUUCGUGGAGUAUAUGAGAAGAAAAAACAUGCUCAUGAAAACAACUAUUGCAAAUUCGACAACCAAGGCCUUGCUGCUUUUACUUCUUCUCUCUACCUUGCUGGCUUAGUUGCUUCUCUGGUUGCGUCCCCAAUUACUCAGAACUUUGGCCGUCGAAUUACCAUUAUCUGCGGUGGAAUUUUCUUUCUUAUUGGGGCUGCUCUUAAUGCUUCUGCAAAGAACCUUGCCAUGCUUCUCUUGGGUCGCAUCAUGCUUGGUUUUGGCAUCGGAUUUGGAAAUCAGGCAGUGCCUCUCUAUCUUUCUGAAAUGGCGCCAACGCAUAUACGAGGCGGUGUGAACAUGAUGUUUCAACUAGCGACAACACUAGGGAUCUUCACAGCAAACAUGAUCAACUAUGGAACAUCAAAACUGGAACCUUGGGGCUGGAGGCUCUCACUCGGCCUAGCAGCUGUUCCAGCAACUUUGAUGACCAUCGGAGGAGUACUUGUCCCUGAGACACCCAACAGUUUGAUUGAGCGAGGAUGGAAUGACAAAGGCCGCAAUGUCUUGGAAAGGAUCAGAGGGACAGAAAAUGUGUCUGCAGAGUUUCAGGACAUGGUUGAGGCAAGUGAAUUUGCUAAAUCAAUCAAGCACCCAUUCAGAAACAUCCUUAAGCGCAGGAACAGGCCACAACUGAUCAUGGCCAUCUUCAUGCCUACGUUUCAGAUUCUGACAGGAAUAAAUUCAAUUCUAUUUUACGCUCCUGUCCUUUUUCAGAGUAUGGGUUUUGGUGCAAAUGCCUCUCUCUACUCCUCUGCCCUCACUGGAGCUGUGCUUGCUUCCUCGACAUUGAUUUCAAUUGCAACUGUUGACCGAUUAGGAAGACGGGCUCUGCUUAUCAGUGGCGGAAUUCAGAUGAUCACUUGUCAGGUGAUUGUGGCAAUAAUAUUGGGGAUAAAAUUAGGAACAGUAGGGGAGCUAUCAAAGGGUUACUCUGUCAUAGUGGUGAUUGUGAUAUGCCUAUUUGUAUUAGCCUUUGGGUGGUCUUGGGGACCCCUAGGAUGGACAGUCCCCAGUGAGAUAUUCCCACUGGAAACGCGGUCAGCAGGGCAGAGUAUAACAGUGGCAAUCAAUCUUCUCUUCACAUUCAUAAUCGCUCAAUCUUUUCUCGCACUACUGUGUCACCUUAAGUACGGAAUAUUCUUGUUCUUUGCUGGGUGGAUCACCGUCAUGACCAUCUUUGUGUACUUGUUCUUGCCAGAGACGAAGGGUGUCCCCAUUGAGGAGAUGAUCCUGUUGUGGAGGAAGCAUUGGUUCUGGAAGAGAAUAAUGCCCCAAGAACCUGAAAUCAACGGUAGCACAAAUGCAACCGGUGUUGCAAGAUCUUCCAAUGUUGCUGUCACUGUGGGAAUGCAUGAACUUUCAAUAACAUUCCUUUACUUGAACACCAUUUAA